AUGGCACUCCUUCAGACUUCUCUGAUCUGGACUGUGUAUGCAGCCGUGAUAGCAAUCCUACUGGCAGUAGCCUCAGUGUUUAUCUAUAUCUACCAAACCCCUCGGGAACGUCCUCCAUCUGUAACUCUGACAUGCAUUGUUGCCAUUGCUAGCCUCCUGGCGACUGUGCUUCUCCUUCCCGUGGAUGUUGCGCUCGUGUCAUCCACCACCUCGUCUCGACUGGGCCAAAGAAAAGACUGGGCCACCCAGGAUACAGUUGACAGAAUCACUUACUCCCUGACUAUCAUCUACUAUCUUUUGUAUUCGCUGGAUGCUUUGCUGUGCCUUCUAGUGAUUCCUUUCACCUACUUCUGGUAUGAGGAGUACGAUGAGGUUGCCACGGAGGAAGGAGAACAGUCAUUGGGGCAACGGCUCUGGGGAUCUCUCAAAUACACCUUAUCUUUUGUGGCGAUCGUGGUCAUUCUUUUUCUGGUUGGAUUCUUUGUCCCAGUUUCCCAAGACAAGAAUGACCUAGACUUGGAUUAUUUCAAGCGAUUGCUAACAGAGAACCAUGGCGAGCGCGCUUUAACUUUUGCCUUGGGUCUUUUGAUGACACUCGGGAUUUGUCUGUAUGUCUUGUAUACUUCAGUGGGGCUCGCUUUGUUCCCCAUUGGCUUAAUCAAGACUGCUCCUUCAAUCUCCAGUCCCGCUCUACGGGCAUCUACAACCCAUCAAUUGGAAAUUAACCAGGAGCGUCAGAGACAACUCGAAGGUCGCUGUGGGGGGAACCCAGAGCUUCUUUCAUCGAAAGAUCGUAGAGAACUAGACACUCUCACAAGAGAUGAGCGAACGUUGAUCCGACGACAGCGCUUAGUUGAAGAAGCGCAAGGUGAAGGUCGAAGCUGGUUGAUGCGCGCAUGGUUCAAGAUCGAAGCAGUAUUUCGUCCCUUCAAACUGCUAGGAGGCCUACUACUACUGUUGAUGGCUUUUGUAACAUGGGUGUCUAUGUUGUUGACAUCCAUUGACAAGGCAAAGAACUCGGUCUGCAAACAUCGCUGUGGAUAUAUUCUGGGACAUAUCAACAUUUUUAAUCCGCUCAACUGGGCACUUGUCCAAUCUGCCAAGGUUUUCCCAGUUGAUUAUGCGGUAUUCACUGUGCUUGUUCUACUUUUGUUCUGCAGCUCCGUUGUUGGUAUCACGACUGUUGGGAUUAGGUUUCUUUGGAUUCGAAUUUUUCAGAUUCGGAAGGGCCACACAUCACCUCAGGCUCUGCUUUUGGCAACUACAAUGUUGAUGCUCAUAAUUCUUGCAUUGAAUUAUUCCAUUUCCAUGGUGGCCGCGCCUCAAUAUGCUACAUUCGGCCCACAGACAUUUUGUGAUCGUACCCCGAUACUGCCACUGGAGCAACCGGACUGUUCUAGCCACAAAGAUCUCAUAAAGCCAUGCUCCGAAUUGGCCGAGAAUCCUGCGGCGAAGAGCGUGUGCACGCCCAGCAUUGCCAGUACCUUCUUGAACCGCGUGACCUUUAAUUUCCCAUUCUUUGGCGUCGUGUUCUUCUGGGCCCAAUUCUUCUUCCUCGGCCUUUAUCUGAUUGUCUUUGUGACGUCCUUGUUCCGCUCACCAAAACUGAACGAAACGCAGCUCGACGAAGAUGCUGAAGAGGCUGAAGAAGAGGGUCUUCUUGCUAACACAGGGAGACGCUUCAAUGCAACUUGGCAAGAUAUCACCGGCAGGGCAGACCGCAGUGUUUCCAGUAACCAAGGGUAA